CCUAAAGUUAGCAAAGGACACGCUUUCCUCUUUUGGUGCAUCCUCGCUCGGGACAAUGUGAUGGUGGUUAAGUGCUAUCUGCCAGGAGUGGCCGCUUUCCAUACCGCCCCUUUGGGGGCGGCAGGAGAGGAAGAAAAGCCAGAGCUCUGCCGUCAAGUGAAGCGUCUCUGCAGCUGCCGCCGCCUCAUCCUCCCUCUCCGAGACAGAAUAUGAUAGGCCGAAAUGAAUCCUGUGGUGCAGAGCAGAUGCCCAUGUCUUACUUGACUUGCCUGCUUUACAUACUGGAAGAAUGGACUGGAGUAGAACACCUGGACGAAUAUCUGAGUUACCUGGUCUACCUCACAUGGCUCUUUGCACCAUUGCUUGUAGCCUUUUUACUUCCUGCAAUCAUCCUCAUUCUUGUAUAUGUCAGCAUUUUUAUUCUUCAUAUUUACAAGUUACGGACACAUCUAAAAGAGGUUUAUGCAAAUGAUUUUUGGGAUGGUGCAAGACUAACAGUGGCAACUAUAUGGUAUGUUCAUGCAAAAAUAUGGAAUGGCUAUGAGUUGCAUGGCCUAGAAAAAAUACCUGAUGGACCAGCCCUAUUUGUUUUUUAUCAUGGAGCAACACCUUUAGACUUUUUCUACUUCAUGUCUGCUGUUCUUGCUAAAAAGAAAAAAAUCAUCCAUGUAGUUGCUGAUCACUUCGUCUUUUCAUUACCAGGUUUCAAAAUCUUAGUUGAUGUGUUUAGUGCUUUGCCUGGAUCACAGGAGGAAUGUAAAAAAGCAUUAAAGAACGGGCGCACAUUGGCCAUUUCACCAGGAGGAGUUCGGGAAGCCCUGUUUAGUAAUGAAUGCUACACCAUGCUAUGGGGAAAUCGUAAAGGAUUUGCUCAAGUGGCUAUUGAUGCAAAAGUGCCCAUCAUUCCCUUUUUCACACAAAAUAUUCGGGAAAGCGUUCGAACACUUGGUGGAAUAAAACCACUUAGAUGGGUGUAUGAGAACACUCGCUUGCCACUAGUCCCAUUGUAUGGAAACUUCCCUGUCAAACUACGCACCUAUGUUGGAGAUCCUAUUCCAUAUGACCCAAAUGUAACUGCUGCAGAACUGGCAGAAAAAGCAAAAAAUGCGAUACAAUGUUUAAUAGACAAACAUCAGAAAAUACCAGGAAAUGUAUUCAGAGCAUUGAUGGAACGAUUUGAAACACAGAAAAAAGAAGACUAGUGUCUUUUUUGGUUCACAAAUAGUUGUAAAGUAUUUUUAAAUUAUGUUUAUGAUGUGAUGUAAUAUUUGAG